UCGAACAAGACCGGAAAUGAAGACUUAUUUGAUAUUUGUACUUUUCUUACUUCAUGAAGUUUACAUAGAGUGUGGCAGCACUUCCAAGCCUCAUAUUUUGUUCAUUCUCGUCGAUGAUUUAGGAUGGAGCGAUGUUGGAUUUCACGGCUCAAAGAUCAAGACUCCAAACAUCGACAAGCUUGCUUCAGAAGGGGUCAUCUUGGAAAACUACUACGUACAGCCGAUUUGUUCUCCAACUAGAGGAGCUCUGCUCUCAGGGCGCUAUCCCAUUCAUAUAGGUUUACAGCAUGGUAUAAUCCACAAUGGAAGUCCAUUUGGUCUCCCUCUGAACCUCACUACCCUCCCACAAAAGCUCAAAGAAGCAGGCUACACCACCCAUAUGCUUGGAAAAUGGCAUUUAGGGUUUUACAACUGGGCCAGUACUCCUACGUACCGGGGAUUUGAUACUUUUUAUGGCUUCUACAGUGGUGCAGAAAACCAUUAUACGCAUGUCCAAGGACACUAUCUUGAUUUACGUGACAAUGAAGAGAUAGUGAGAGAUAUGAAUGGAACUUUUUCUUCUUAUUUAUUCACCAAGCAAGCUGAGAAGAUAUUCAACGCCCAUGAUCCAUCGAAGCCUAUGUUUAUGUACAUGGCAUUUCAGAACGUUCAUAGUCCAGUCCAGGCUCCUCAGGAAUUCGUAGAUAAAUACAGCUUCAUAAAUGACCCAAUAAGACGCACAUAUGCUGGUAUGGUAACUAUCAUGGAUGAAGCUGUUGGUAACCUUACUGAUACCUUAAAACGGACAGGAAUGUGGGAGAAUACCAUUUUAAUACUSAGUACUGACAAUGGUGGUGUGCCUAAGAAUGGUGGCUAUGACUACCCCUUGCGAGGCAGAAAAGACACGCUAUGGGAAGGUGGUAUUCGAGGAGUGUCGUUUGUACAUGGGAGGGAAGUACGAUAACGAGGCUCUUGAUGGCUAUGACGUAUGGGAUGCAAUAUCCAAUGGAAAGCCUUCGCCGAGAGUAGAGCUUCUUCAUAACAUAGAUGCCAGGCCAUCRCCCGACAGUCAAGGCGAGCUGGGGUUUGGGUACCAGGGUAUAGGACUACGUAAUGGAGACAUGAAACUCUUGAUGGGAGUUCCGAACAUAUCGUACUUCAUCCCACCUGAGGACAGACAGUCGCCWUUGUCACRUGAUACUGGGGGAGUUGCCCAGGAUUACGUCCAAGUGGCUUUGUAUAACAUCACCGCUGACCCGUACGAGAAGAACGACCUCAAAGACAAAUACCCUGAAAUUGUCAAACAGUUACAAGAUCGAGUCGAAUAUUAUCGCAAGACUGCAAUGCCACCGGCUAAUAAGCCCAACGACCCACAGGCCAGGAUAACUGCUAAAGAAAACGGAGCAUGGACGCCUUGGACAUAGACCAGUCACCAAUAGAGCGGAUUUCGUUUGACUGCAACGGAGUGAAUCAUGGACGCCACGGACACGCCACGCUUACUGCACGGAAGUGACGUGUUUUUUUGCACAGUCAUACGAAAUCCCCUCUAAUCUCURUCGAUGGUUGGAAUCGCCGUGUGUAAGCAAGAGAAAAAAACGAAACUAAUAGGAAAGAAAAAAACACUCACGGGAUCUUUUUAACUUUUAUAACUUGKUCGKYAUAAUGAUAAUUUUAUUGGUCUAACUACCAAAAAUCUAGAAAAAAUCGCAUUGAAUUUUUAAGUUUGGUAACUAWAAAGCCAGAAAUUCACAAACUCAGCGUAUCUAAUAAAAUAUUUUAACAAUAUAUCUCUGUGUUCAUCAAAAUACUUGGGCCAAAGAGCAAUGGAAGAUUCUCAUCGUUUACA